UCCAUGGUGUGGACAACUUAACCAUCCAUGUCCAAUCUGAUAAUGAUUAGCCUUACCUACACUACAAUACGAGCUACAAUGAUUUCUUACCCAAGGCCUCACAGCAUUGGGCCCCUUGUUAGGUUAACCCAACAUCCCCCUGAAGGGUCAGGCCUGGAGCAACCCUUCUUCUCCUGAGGAGGAUGUAUGCCUGCUUCUCAUUGGUGCCAAGUCUCUACCUCCCUCCCUGGUCUUCAGGUAACACAAGGUUGCAUCACAAUGGAGGCUCAAGUUUCAAGAUGUCCAAUCUCAGCUUCACCCCUCAUCGAAGGACCUUGUCUGGGCAGGAAAAAAUGAUCUAGCAUCCUGGGCUGCAGCCAAUGCAGACCCUGGUCUGGGUGGAGAAGGACAGCGAUGUAUAGACUUUGUGAUGACAGGAUGUCCUGAGAAUGACAGACGAGCGAGUGAAAGACACGAUGGAGGAGUUUCUUCUCUCCCAUGGUUACCAGAUGGGCAAAACCAUUGGAGAAGGAACAUAUUCAAAGGUCAAAGAAGCCUUUUCAAAAAAACACCAACGAAAAGUGGCUGUGAAAAUUAUAGACAAACUGGGAGGACCAGAAGAGUUCAUUGAGAGAUUCCUGCCUCGAGAGCUCCAGAUUGUCAAGCGCCUAGACCACAAGAACAUCAUCCGGGUGUAUGAGAUGCUGGAGUCCACAGAUGGAAAGAUCUACCUGGUGAUGGAGCUGGCAGAGAAUGGCGAUGUCUUUGACUGCGUCCUGCAAGGGGGACCCCUGCCCGAGAGCCGGGCCAGGGCGCUCUUCCGUCAGCUGGUAGAAGCCAUCCGCUAUUGCCACAGCUGCGGGGUGGCGCAUCGUGACCUCAAGUGUGAGAAUGCCCUCCUGCAGGGGCUCAACCUGAAACUGACAGACUUUGGCUUUGCCAAGUUGCUCCCCAAGAACCGCAAGGAGCUGAGCCAGACCUUCUGCGGCAGCACAGCCUACGCGGCCCCCGAGGUGCUGCAGGGGGUGCCCCACGACAGCAGGAAAGGCGACGUGUGGAGCAUGGGCGUGGUCCUUUACGUCAUGCUUUGUGCCAACCUGCCCUUUGACGACACAGACAUUCCCAAGAUGCUUUGCCACCAGCAAAAAGGGGUCUCCAUCCCCGGCCACUUGGGGAUCUCUGAGGAAUGCCAGGACCUUCUCAAAAGCCUCCUGGAACCAGACAUGAUCCUGAGGCCUUCCAUCGAAGAAGUGAGUUGGCACCCAUGGUUAGCAAGUUCCUGAGGACGGGACCAUGUCGAAAUUCUCCCCAAAUAAAAGGGGACAGGCUGUUUCCAAAAUGCUCACAUAUAUUUUAACGUUAUGCUCAGUUUCUAGUCUAUCCUUAAUCCACCGAGGGAGGCAUUUUAAAUAUUCCCCUCUCAUCAGGAACUGCAUUCCCUUAUCCAAAGACGCCUGCAAAGGUGGUUACAAAUAAGUCAAAAGACCCAGAAAAAUAGAGUGAAGGUGUCUAACCUAACCCUUGCUGGAAUUUAUUUCUCAAACACACAGAAUCACUUUGAAAUGUGGACUCUUAGAAACCUCCCACGGGAUUCCAAACUGCAGGUCUCCUCCCUUGGCUGUUCUUCAGUGGCAUGCCAUCCGUUGGUAUCCCAACUGGGAAAGGGAAGGAGGUUCUGUCAUGAACCAAAGCAACUUGUUGAUCCAAGGAGCAUUGUAAUCCAAAUGAGCUGCCAGAAAAUCAUUCCCAACCUGGUGCCUUCCGGAUAGGUUAAAGGAACCAAUCUCAGAAUUCCUAGCCCAAGUUUCCACAAAGUUCCUUGGCAUGAAUACCUGAGGAGGGUGUGUGGUAUGUUCUAAGGCAGAGCUUUUCUGAGUCCCUAAGAUAGAAAUAAAAAACCUGGAGGCUGCCAGGAACUGAACCUGGAGCUCAGCUGUACAAAAUAUGGGCUCCAACAAGUAACGGUGUCUCCAGGAUUUGUUUGCUGGUACACAAAACAUUUUGAAUUUGAGAAGUAUCAAACUGGAAACCCCUACUUUAACAAACCAGGCCAUCUUGAAAACUUGAGAAACAGAUCAAACUAUUAAGGCACCCCCUUCCAAAUUAACAAAAGAGCCUGUUUCCCAGAGUAACUCACACUCAAAAUGGGGCAUUUCAAAUUUGAAAUGGUUUCAAUUCUAAUUAUUUUGAGCUCCCUUAGCUAGCAAAUAUAUUGGGAGAACUCCCAGAUGCUAGCAAGGGAACAAGGCUCCUGAAAAGUAAUGUCCACUGCAGCACCUAUAAUAUAUAGCUUGGUCCUAUAAUGCCACCCCUUUCCGCCAGUAUAGCCAAUAGUCUGGCUGGCUUUGGAGAGAGACUCAGUCCGACACGUCUUUCACUCUAUGAACUUGGCAAGGCAGGUUGGAGGGGCUGAGCAUCUUUCAGCACCGCCUCCCUUAGCCUUCUGACUGGCUUAUCAGGAAGUGUGCAUAUCAGUCAAAGCCAAGUCCACCGCCAAGUUCCA